GGGCCCUCACUCCCACGCCCCCUUUCGCACACUCUCUCCCGUCUUCCCUUCUCUCGUCUACUCUUCUCUUCCCCUUUGUUGUCUUGUCUCCGCCGUGGAUUCCACGAGUAGAAACCCUCGGUUUAGAUCCGGCGGAGUUCGGCGGUCGCUGACGGGGCCCUCGAUAUCGCCGACGGCGUACGAUUUAGCCUGCUUGCUUCCCUUCUCGUUCUCUCCGAUCUCCGUAAGGCCGGCUGUGGAGAUGCGACGUCCUCGAUAGUACUCCUGCUUGAGGUGGUAGGAUGAGGAAACGGCCGGAGCGGAGCCUCAAGCCGCUGGACGAUCUGAAGAACACUGUUGCUGAGCCGGAGAUGGCAUCAAUCAUCAAGACAAAUUCUGACAUCGAAGGACCUUUGGAGGAGGCAGAUCGUGGACGUCAGAGGAUGAAUUCGGGCAAAUUUGCAGAUCAAAGCCGACUUAUAUUUGUAGGUGAUAUGAGGGUGGAAUCUGGGACAUGUAAUGUUUGCUCUGCUCCUUGCUCCUCUUGUAUGCAUCGUAUUGCAGUAGCAAUGGAGUCAAAUGUUGAUUGUGGAUCCUCUGAUAAUACAUUUCAAAUGAAAGAAGCAGAUAAUUGUUCUUUCACUCGUAUCAAGAGUAGGUUAUGUGAUGAUCUGCAGACUGCAGUUAGUGAAACAAGCAACUUGCUAAGUGGAAGUUCAAGUAAUGAUUCAUAUACUGAAAAUGCAGAGAGUAAAGCAACAUUGAGGAGUUCUUUUACAUAUGAUACUUCUGAAGAUGUUGACAUACCCCCCGAGAUUUCAACUGUUGAAGCAGUUGAGGGAUAUAAGUUUCUUGGAAGAGGUAUUCCUGUUACAGGUGAUGGAAUGUCAUGCCACUAUUCAAGAGCUGAUGUACACCAUGGUGAACUGGAUGGAAAGCACAAUGUGUCCAGAUGCUACACGAAUAAUGAUUCGUGCAUCACUGGGGCUGGAGAUACCAAUAUGCUAGGCUUAGAUCAUAAUUUGGAACUGGAGAAGAGAUCAGGCAGUUUGUUGUCAACAUGUAAGUUCGGUGUCAGAGAAACUGAAAUGGUGAUUCAAGUCGAAACCACUCAUGAAUCUUGUGGUUGUAAUAUGGAAGCAAACCAGGUUAAAUCAAGGAAGCUGAUCACAUUCCCUCAAGAAUCUUCUCGCAAGAAGAGCCCUGGUCCUCUUAAUGUAGGCCUUCCUAGUAAUUCUGUCCUUACAAACACUUCAUUGAUGAAGAACAUAUCUCCAAAGUUAGAUUCAAAUUCCCCUUGUCGAAGUGAUCUUAUUUCCUGUCAUAAUGCUGACUCCAAUGGUAUAGAGGCAAAUCAACCAUCCCAAGUCCAUGGAGAAUCUCAUGAUUGCUUGGUGGCUGAUGUUGAAUCCUCAUACCAGGUACUGCUUUCUGCUGGUGGCAAUCAUGGACAGAAGUCUGUCGUGUUCUCUGACAGUGAAGCUACUAAAUCAAUUCAAAUCGGAAGUAACAUGUCUUCUGGGGAAUUCAAGAAUGGAGAUCAAUUCUUUGAAUCUGCUAGUGACUUUGACAGAUCCAAAUCCAAUCUUUACAAGUCUGGGACAGGUCAAGCUUCUGAACCGGAGAGCAUGUUGUAUGAUGUAAACGUAUGUGAUAUAUGUGGAGAUGCUGGUCGGGAGGAUCUUCUUGCUUCUUGUAGUAGAUGCAUCGAUGGUGCAGAGCACACUUACUGCAUGCAAAUUAUGUUGGAUAAAGUUCCUGAACGAGAUUGGCUAUGUGAAGAAUGCCAGAAAAAGGAGGAUGUUGAAAUAAAAAAGAUGAAGAAAGCUGAGUCUGUUUCUGGAACAUCAAAUAUAUGUUAUUUGAAUAAGAAGAUCCAGAAUUUUGGAAGCUCUGUGAAUCCUGAGAGUUCACCAAAGUUGGACACCAGGUCAACCAAUCCAGAAGCAUGUGGGUCCAGUAAACAAAUUCAAAGUCCAAGGACAACCAGCAAAAAGCAGAUGGACCGAGUGGACGUAGUUCCAGUUACUAAAAAGAAAGCUUCUGAAACAAGUGAUGAACCUUUAAGGACAGCCAGUCCUAGGAUAGCUACAAAAUUUUCUCGUGAAAGUUCAUUUAAAAACUUGCAUAUGGCUCAAGUUAAACAAACCAACAUAGCUUCAACGCUUGGAGAUCAUUCUACAAACAGUUCCCAGACCUCUCGAUUGCUUACAUUGGAUCGUGAAAAUUCAUUUAAAAACUUGCAUAUGGCUGGUACAAAGGGAACCAUUAUAGCUUCAUUGACUGGAGAUCAAUCUACAAAAAGUUCCCAGACCUCUCAUUCUCUUACUUUAGAUUCUAAGUCUUCAAAUGUUCGAAGGGAGCUUUAUUCACCUAGGGGGUUUCUCUCGAAGCAAGUUUCUUUUAAGAAGAGUGCGGAACCAAAAGUUAAGCAAUUGGUUGAAGGUGUCUCACAAAAGCUAGCUAAAGAAUCUACGUCAAGUAACACAAAGCAGAUGCUUAUCAGAACCGUCAACAGAUCUGCAUCAUGUAAGAGUGUGAGCUCAGGUCAUCACAAUGUCAAAUCAUUAAUCAAAGCUCAGUCGCUUAAAACACCUCGAGCUGACCCUAAAAGCUUCAAUCCAAAUAAAGAAAGAGGUGUUAUGGAAAGAAAGAGCUCCUUUGAUCUUGAUCGUCAACUUAUCAGUCCACCACCAGUUGGUAGAAAACCUCUUCCAAAGCUGGAUGUGAAGAUUGCACCACCUAACAGCAAUGCAAGUAACAAGUCUGAGCUUAGCAUCCUUUGCAGUAGCAAAGGAUUUGAUAGAGAAAAUAAUUUAGGGUUCAAGGAAGUGAAAAAGCAGUCAUCAUUUAAAUGGAAAAGCAAUGAGAUUUGUGAUUCUGAGAAUAAAAAGCCUGGUGAAUUUGUCAACAAGGAAGCUGUUCUUGUGAAUUCUGCUGCCACUUAUGUAUCAUGCAGUGAUGAUGGUGAAGUUAGAAGCAGUGUUUCUCCUUCUAUAGACUCCUCCCACCAGGGUAACUUAGAUGAUACAACCAAGGAUUUUUCUGGAACUUCAAGGUCAGCUGUUACAGGGGUUAAUCAUGUAGUUGGUCAUGUUAAAUUAACAGAAGCAAAGUGCGGUCAAAUUGACAGGCCUAAUAUGUCUGCUGCAAAGCCUUCUGUUGAUGUGGGUUUGGUAGAUGGGACUAAUAAGAGAAAUAAGUGGAAAGAUGCUCUCAAAGCAGCAAUCUCAAAGAACAAGAUGAGUAGAACAGUAGAUCAGUCUGAGUGUAAAUUGUUGAAAAACAAUAUUAUUUGUGAAGAUUCUUCCAGAAGCUCUUUGACAAGUUCAAGUUGCCUGAAAGACUUGCCAUUAGAAGGAGCACCUUAUGGGAAAGUGAUCUUGAGAGUUUCUGACACUGACAAUGGCAGAACAGAUAGUGCAUCUGAUGCAGAGCAAACCAAACACUUGACUGAAUCUUCAUAUGUUCCUGGAGUGGGGGAUUUAAAUGUCAAUCCAAUAAAUCCAGAUGCGUUGAAUGAGAAGUCCUCAGCUCAAAUUUUGCCUGAUCACCCUUCUCCACUGACAACUGACUUCAGAUUUCUUGUAGUUCCAGAGCAUAAAUUCAUAUGGCAGGGUGCUUUUGAGAUAUUAAGAAUUGGAAGAUUUCCUGAAGUUGUCGAAGGAAUUCAAGCUCACUUAUCAAAUUUUGCAUCGCCUAAAGUGCAUGAAGUAGCAUGCCGAUUUCCUUGCAAUAUCCAAUUGGAGGAAGUUCCUCGGGUUAGCUUGUGGCCAUUGCAGUUUCAAGAGACUGGUCCUAAAGAAGAUAAUAUUGGUCUAUAUUUCUUUGCUAAAGAUGCUGAGAGUUAUGAGAAAUCUUACCAGAAGUUAUUGGAUGCUGCCCAAAAAAAUGAUUUAGCCUUCAAAGGGAGCAUCAAUGAGGUGGAGCUUCUUAUAUUUCCAUCGAAUGUGCUACCUGAGAGUUCACAACGUUGGAACAUGUUAUUUUUUCUUUGGGGCAUCUUCAAAGUAAGGAAACAGGACUCUUCAAAACCUUACACCAAUUUGCAGCAGGAGUCCUCUGGAUCAAAGAUAAAUUUAGAGUCACAAGUUCAAGAAUUAUCUUCUUAUCAUGCCUGUGAACUAUCUACUUUUCAGAAGCAUGAUCUCCAACAGUAUCCACCAAAAGAAUUUUCUAUUUAUGAUGAAACACCUGGUGCCAGGACACUGAAAUUCAAUUCCAUUGAUAAUUGUCAGUUUGUUUCAUCUACUGUUCCCGACAAUGAUACCCACAAUGCAGAGAACUUCCCUUCGGUUAAAAGUUCUUUGGAUAUGGUGACUGUUGAAACAGAGAGUAAUGGAGUAUCAGAUCAUGCUUCACAUUAUCUCUACUCAUUUGAUUAUGAAAAGAUAUGUCCAGCAUCGAAAAGCAAUGGAACUAAAUCGAUCGUAUCAUGCUUAUAAAGGUGGAAGAAACACCAUGCAUCGUUCAUGAGAAGUAACAUAAAUUACAUAACUAUAACCCAUAUUGAUGUAAUGGGAUAUAUACAUGUAACCCUACAUUUGAGGUGUGUUGCCUGGAUUCAUGUGGUAAUAUGGUGAGUUCAUUUUUGAUACUUAUCAGACUGUUAGAUACUUUGAUCUUACCAAGCUGCUGACCACCUUUUGUUGAGUCACAUUUAUCCAUUCACGAGGUAUGCCAUUUCAUCUGUUAUAAUAACACGUAUCAUGUGAUCAUUCACCAGCGUAGUUUUGGCACAGUAUGCAGUAGAUGGUAUAAUCAUAUUUUUAUUUAUUAUUGACUAAAAAAUUGGCAAAAAAGUUUUAGUUGAUAAAAAAUUGAGUUGGAACUGGUUGGGCUGGACACUGGUAUGGUUGAGCACUCUAAUCUGAACUGACCCAUUUUGACACAUUAUAGGUGCAUAUCUACUGUACUGAUCUGUCUGAGGACUUGGGACCACCACUGGUGCUGGACCCAGAUUUUAAUACCUGGAAUGUUGCUACUUACAAUUGACCCACUUUUAUAGAUAUCAUUAAUAAAGAAUUAUUAUUUACUCUUCACAAUUUCUGGGAGGUCAUCCAGAUCAAACGAAGAUUGUGUAUAGCGUGCUAUUUUGUGAGUAUUGUGAUAGUUGAUUCUACCGACAUGGGAGUUGGAAAUCCAUGCUGCAAUUGUCAGCAAUAUGAAAUUAAAUUUACUUUAUACAGAGUUUGUAAACAAGUAUCCACAUAUUCCAAGGGUGAAUUUGCAAGCAGGACAAAAGAUGUAAUGGUGCAGAGUGCAUUUAAAAGAAAUUGUCAACAUCCGCUGAUUGAUAUUCUCCUCUCUACCAAUGGUAAUUGUGUUUCCUCAUCUUGUCAAUCACCAAUUGUAGUUGACAAGAAAAAUACAUCCUGUAAACCACAUGUACUAAUUCUGCAAAUGGCACUUAUGUUUCCUCAUCAUGCUUUGCAUGCUAGAUGCAGCUCACUGUGAUUGACUUUUCAUCUAUGAUCAAUCUGCAAUCGUGUUUUCAUUGUCUUUUAACAAAAUUGUCUCGGUAUUCUGGAUUUAGAAUAUUAUUACUGUAUUUUGUAGUGUCAAAAUCUUUUUGCACUUGAAAUGCCCAUCUCUUUGUGUUUCACUUUUUUAUUUGGCUCAAUAUCACAUUGCAAUUUAGAGCUUUCCA